CAGCAGCAGGUAAAGGGAGACAACAGAGAUCCGCCGGUAGCGGCCACUGACCCGGCUGAAAACACUACCCAGAGCACCAGAACCGAGGGAAGAAAUGCUACGUUCUUUGGGCUUGACAUAAAUACAACCUCCGGGGAGGCAGCACAAGAGUAAAAUGGCCCCAAAUUCCAUCCACUGGUUCCGCAAGGGCCUCCGUCUCCACGACAACCCUGCACUACGGGAGGCGGUCCGGGGGGCGGGCACAGUGCGCUGCGUUUACUUCCUGGACCCGUGGUUUGCCGGUUCCUCCAACGUAGGAGUCAACAGGUGGAGGUUCCUCCUCCAGUGUUUGGAGGAUCUGGAUGCCAGCCUUCGGAAGCUCAACUCUCGCCUUUUUGUCAUCAGGGGCCAACCAGCCAACGUGUUCCCGCGGCUUUUUAAGGAGUGGAAGAUCUCUCGACUGACCUUUGAAUAUGAUUCUGAGCCAUUCGGGAAAGAGAGAGACGCUGCCAUCAAGAAGCUGGCCAUGGAGGCGGGGGUGGAGGUCAUCGUCAAAAUAUCGCACACCCUCUACGACCUGGACAAGAUCAUCGAGCUAAACGGUGGACAGCCUCCUCUCACCUACAAGCGUUUCCAGACGCUGAUCAGUCGACUGGAUCCUCCUGAGAUGCCCGUGGAGACGCUGUCGGACACGCUGAUGGGUCGCUGUGUCACCCCGAUCUCUGAGGACCACGGAGACAAGUAUGGGGUCCCGUCCCUGGAGGAGCUGGGCUUCGACAUCGAGGGCCUUCCAUCAGCUGUGUGGCCGGGUGGAGAGACCGAGGCUCUGACCAGGAUAGAGCGCCAUCUGGAGAGGAAGGCAUGGGUGGCCAAUUUUGAGCGUCCCAGGAUGAACGCCAACUCGUUACUGGCCAGCCCGACAGGCCUCAGCCCCUACCUGCGCUUUGGCUGCCUCUCCUGUCGCCUGUUCUACUUCAAACUCACCGACCUUUACCGCAAGGUGAAAAAGAACAGCUCUCCUCCGCUCUCGCUGUAUGGCCAGUUACUGUGGCGCGAGUUCUUCUACACCGCAGCAACCAACAACCCACGCUUUGACAAGAUGGAAGGAAACCCCAUCUGCGUCCGCAUUCCCUGGGACAAAAAUCCAGAGGCACUGGCCAAGUGGGCUGAGGCUAAGACAGGCUUUCCCUGGAUAGACGCCAUCAUGACUCAGCUGAGGCAGGAGGGCUGGAUCCAUCAUCUAGCCAGGCAUGCAGUGGCCUGCUUCCUCACCAGAGGGGACCUGUGGAUCAGCUGGGAGGAAGGGAUGAAGGUCUUUGAGGAGUUGCUUCUAGACGCAGACUGGAGUGUGAACGCAGGCAGCUGGAUGUGGCUGUCCUGCAGUUCAUUUUUCCAGCAGUUUUUCCACUGCUACUGCCCCGUGGGCUUCGGCCGACGCACCGACCCCAACGGGGACUUUAUCAGACGAUACUUACCUGUCCUCCGAGGUUUUCCUGCUAAGUACAUCUACGACCCGUGGAACGCUCCCGAGUCCGUGCAGGCGGCCGCCAAGUGCGUGAUUGGCGUCCACUACCCGAAGCCCAUGGUGCACCACGCGGAAGCCAGCCGGCUCAACAUCGAGAGGAUGAAGCAGAUCUACCAGCAAUUAAGCCGAUACAGAGGACUAGGCCUGCUGGCAUCAGUGCCGUCCACCAACGGCAAUGGGAACGGAGGAAUGAUGGCCUACUCUCCCGGAGAGCAGCAGCCAGGGACCAACAACAAUAACAACAACUCACACUUGCCUGGAGUGUCGGGGAGCUCUGUUGCAACAGGUAAUGGUAGCGGGAGCAUCCUACUUAACUUUGACAACGAAGAACCGACUCGGCCUAGCGGCGUCGGACAGCAGCAACAACGCCUACAACCGCCGCCACAUCAACCGCAACAGCAACAGCAACAGCAACAGCAUGGAUACCACUCAGUGCCAGAUGCCAGCCAGACCAUCACCAGCAGCCGACUCUACCAUGAGUUCGCUGUGCCUCAACACCCAGGACUCCUCCUGCACACCAGAGGCGGCAUCACGGGAAAGCGGGAGCGCGAGUCGGAACGAGAAGGGUCAGGGGAGGAAGACCCAACGUCCUGCUCGGUGCACAAGAUGCAGAGGCAGAGUGCAGAGACUACCUAGUGCAGGUGGAGAUGCGACUGUCUGAACCCCCCCCGUUGGAGCCAUCCUACGGCCAGCAGAGAGAGGAAACCCCAACGUGGCCACCUGUCCUCCGAUCACACUCAGCCCCAGACAUGACCAGUUCCUCCUCAAAGACACUGCAUCUAGAACUGCUCUUUGUCUUUUCAGUCAGAAAUUCCUUGGGGUGUAAAUGCAAAGGUGAAAAUGUGAUUUCUUGAAGGGCUUUUACAUUAGAGUCCGUUGACCUCUGGCCUCUUGCAGUUAGUGUACAGACAGGUGAGACAACCUUAGAGGAAUGUUUUGAAGAAACAAAACCUCACACUUAUAGCUCUACUGCAGUACUAGAAUAAAUCAAUCAAUAGAUUAAUAAUAAAAAAAAAAAAUCAUUAUUGUCUUAAAACUGCUGCCACCAGCCAGUAAAUACUGUAUAAACAGUAAAGCAGCUAUAAAUGUAAGUAGUAGAAUUUCUUAGUUUUAAACAAAAACAAAAACAAAUCCGUCAAACACCUUGUCUGCAUGGUUCGGUAUAAACCAAGCUCACUGUGUCAGGGUUUACAGAGAAUCUUUUUCUACAACUUUGUGGUAUGAUUGUCCCAUUGUGCUACUGUUAAACAGAAAAACACAGUCACCACUCCAGCUGAUCAGUCAGUCUAACUCCAGGAAUAUGUUGUCACAACUGUAAUAGCCUAAUAUAUAUAUAUGUAUAUAUAUAGCUGUAAUUUUACAUUGGAAACGCACUAUUUAUAGCCCAAUCAUAUGUUUUAAUGUUGUCAAAAACAAAAACACUUGUAAAUAGUUUGAUUUACACCAAAAUUGUUAUUUUUGAGUUGGUUUUUUUCCCAGAACUUAAAUCCAAUAAUGAAGAAAAGGUGUUAUUAAUCUCAACACCGUUAUCGUUACCUUGAUUUUACCAGGCAGAAGCACAGGCGUGGUCAUAGUGACCGCCUGGCAUUUCAUUUCAGGGAAUUUGCUGGAUCAUUUCUUAGCUUCUCUCUCUCACUACAUUGCCUGUAAAUACACUUUCUCAGGCACUUUGACACAUUUGCGACUAUUCACAGUUGGUUGCAUGGGAACAUCUACCACAGCCUGGUUAGCAUCAUGUAAUCACUUGGUUUGAAUCGGCAGCUAUAAACAGAGAUUCGUAGUUUUUUUUUGGACACUAUUCAAGACAUCGAUUAUAUGCAUAUAUAGAUGGAUAAAAGAUGUUGGACCAGUUUCCAUUCUUGGUCUCUAAAACAUGUUUACAGUGUGUUGCUAUGAAUUACUUAAGAGACCUUUUGUCAGGUCUGUCUGGCUCUAAAGAGAGAAAAGCAUGUGGCAUUAUGGGUAGACGAGUUCUUGUGUGACUUGUAGUUUUUUUGUAUGUCAUUGCCUUGACAGCUGUCAGAGGUGAACAUGUAGCUGAACACUUGCAUCAAAAAUUGGCUUUUAGGUUUUUCUUUUUUUUGGAAAACUUUUAAAUCCUGAUCUUUUAGGAUAUAACAUUUUUCACUGUUCCCAUCAGUCAAACAUGAGCAGGCUUUGGUCUAUUAAGAAUGUCCUGUUUUUUUGUCGUACCAUCUUCAUAUUAAUUUCAAAUAUUGCGAUUGUAAUUAUGUACAGAUCGUAUCUUAUAGUUUUACACCUUUGUGAAAUCUUUCCACAGUAGUAGUGAUUUGUUGUAGAAUAGAUGCUAGUUUAUUUUGUUUUUUUUAGUGCUCACCUCACUGCUGGUGAAGCGGCACGAAGUUUUGAUUUCACCUUUCAAAAGUGAGUCACAUUUUCACCUUUCUGUUUACACCACUCCCUCCAUAGAUUACGCCUGUACAAGUUUUUAAGAAAAAAAAAAAAAAGAUAAUAGCUUCGGAGUAUCUCUGUGGCGUUCUGUGGUGUUGGAAAAAUGUUUUUGCUGUGCAACACAUUCAACUACCGAAAAAAAGAAGAAGAAGAAAAAAAAAAAAGACAACACAAGUCGUCGGGGUUCGAGGUGAGGGCAGAGAACACAGGCAGUUGGUUGCAAUCUCCUCUCGGAAGGUGUCACGUUUUUCUAAGAUUUCUUAUAAAACCAAAAACUCGCUAAACAAAAAGGAAGAAAAAAAAAAAUAGAACUAAGUUGAGUUGACACAGUAAAAGACGAGCGACAGCAUCUGAUCCAAAUGAGCCUGAUUCUGUCGAGCAAAGCAGAAACCAACAUUCCUCAACGAGAAGUAUACCCUCCUGAUGAAGGAUUUCUACUACUGUACAAGGAGUUUAACAGUAUAUAUAUGUGAAAGGCUGCUUGCGACACUUUGCGACCCGAAAAACUAAAAUCCUGGGGUGACCCAAUGAACGAGUGGUGAGGGCAACUUGAGCGUCAAUCCCCUAGCUGUGGGAUUAUUUGCUGCUCGUGGUUGCCCUGUUCCCUCUCCCCAGGUUUAAGGUCUCUCUGCACAGACACUAUCGAAUAACGGCUUUAAAAAUGGUCAAAAAAAUUAAUCGGACAAAACGGUGAACAGAUCACGAUUUGGACACUAUUGAUAUCUUUACAAAAACAUAAAAGAGGGUCACAAAAUGGCUCAAACUGUCUAUGGAAGGACUGUGUAACAGCAUUAGAACGAUGAAGCUGGUGUUUUAUUUCGGCUCCAUCCACCCUCCGCUAUUACCUUUACUCCUGUUGAGAAGAAUGCUGUCGAACUGAACCAGAGAAUGUACAAUCCCCCCCUUCCCCCCUGUAAAAUACACCCAGCAGCUUAACUUGCUCAUGUUAAUACCCCCGCCCUACACACACACACACACACACAAACACAACAUAUGUAAACAGAUGUAAAAGUUUUUUAAAAAUGCUAAAUGGCAUUGCACAUUUAAAAACCAAUGGUAAUUAAUGCAUACACACAUUUAUCUAUGUUGCAGCACAAGACUGGUUAAAUCACACACACACAAUUACUUUCUUCACACACAGAACAAAUCACUUAAAUGCAGACCCACACACACACACACACACACACAUAUUGGUUAGACUGGAGAAAACUGUUUUGUGAAUUCUGCUAAUGGCCCCAAUCUGCAACAUCUAUUGUGAAAUCACCCAAGACAAAAUAAGAAAUUCAAGACAACGAAAUAACCGUUUGGGUUCCCCGCUGAUGGUUAAACCUGCAUCCCACAUUUUUAGCAGUCCAAGAUACGAGUCCUGUGAUCAAACAUCCUGCAGAUUGGGGCUGUAGAUGGCGGCUUGUCGGUGCGCUCCUGAUAAAAAAAAGGUCUGGUUUCAGUGGAGCCAUGAUGACUCGUGUCUGUGUACAGUACUUGAUAUUUGUUCAUCUGUGAUCGUACUGCCCUCGGCUUCAGGAGUAACGUAGAGGGUGGGGAGGAGGGGGACAUAAAGGGGAGGGACGGGGAGAUUUUUUUUUUUUUUAAGUAUUGAAAAUGUUUCUGUAUUAUAUUUCUGUAUGUUCUCAAGAAAAUUUAAACAUUGUUAGUUUUUUUUUCUCUCUCUCUUUCUUUCUUUUGUAGCUUUCAUCACAAUGGAAAAACAAGUUGAACCAAGUUUUUUUUCUGGCUUUUAUUUCUUUAUUCUUUUUUUUUGUUCUCCCUUCUUUAACAUGAAGGUGAGAACAGAUGCCAUCUGUCAUCUCUGUAAUAUUACGCUCUUUCUGUCUCUCCUUGUAUUGUGAAAGGCUUUUCUUGUGCUUGAUCAACUUCAUGACAGGAAUUAAAAUUGUUACAACUAAACACCA